GAUUUCUGCUUGGUUUUAUAGAGAAUGAUCAAAUUAAAGCCACAGAAGAGCAAGUUAUGAACAGCAGGGGGCGCUCUGAAAGCAGCAUUAAAUUCGCAUGUUGGAAACGAUUCAUCUCACCUGGUGAGACGGAGACGAGUAAGGUGGGGGAGGGAGAGAGACAGUGGGAGGAGAAAGAAGAGCAGCAGAGAGUCUGAGGAGGAGAACGACGCAGGAACCGUUUCACCUGGACUCUGCUGCCAGGUCGAGGUGGACCGAUCUGAUCUGGACAGGUUGGACCUGGUCUACCUGCAGCAGAGAGACACCGACUUGCACUCAGGUCUCAUCAUCUGCCCACCAGCGUCACAGCUUUGUCGUGGCGAUGUUCAGCCGCAGGAAGAAGAAGCGCAGGCUGCAGAUCUCGGCGCCGCAGGACUUCCAGCACCGCGUCCACACGUCAUUCGAUGUUACCACAGGACGCUAUGUGGGUUUGCCGCCACAGUGGCAGAGCGUCAUCGACACACUGAAGAGGCCCCGCCCCCUGGUGGACCCCUCCAGGAUCACUGAGGUUGAACUCGUACCAAAGAAGACGAUCGUUCGCGGCAGCUUCAUCGGUCACGGCGACUACAUCAGUCAUGUGAUCUCGGAGAUGAACCGUCUGUCCGUCUCCAGCUCCAACUCUUUGCGUCGCAGCAGCCCGUCGGCACGGAAACGGGCCCGCUCACUGGGCAAACUGGGAGAACUGGCCGAGGACGAGUCGUAUCAGUACGAGGAGCUCAAUCGUCAUGGCAACAGCGUGAAGAGCGGCGGGAGCUCCACCUACUGGCAGGACCGAAUCCGACAGGUGCGCAGCGAGAGCGGCAGCCCCAAGCUGAACGGAGCCCUGCAGAGAGCAAAGUCCACCUGCCAGAUGGGCUCACAGUCCGAGGCCACGUCCCCCACGCCCAGCACACCUCAGAGGACAGGUGAGUCAGCUGGACAGUACGCCCGCAGUGAGGGAGCAGCGAUACGACAGAGGCCGACUUCAUGUCACUUCAACCAGCAGACUGUGGAGACCAGCAGGGGUCAUCCGAGGCUCAGACCAGCAGCCAGUCAAUUGCCAGACCUGCUGUCCUCCUCCAGAGAAACUCCCAGAAGACCACACUCCUCCUAUGACCUAAAGAUCAACUCCCCCACCUCUCGCCUCCUUCUCCCGCCCCCCAAUAGCACCAGCAGUCCCAUCAUCACAGGUAGAGGGGCACCUCAGCGUUUGCCCCGCUCCUCCUCCAGCUUCUGCGUCCCGACAAAAACUCAAAACCCCUCGAUUCAGAGCGGCCCCUCCCUGCCCCGUCCCUCCCCUGCUGGCUCCCCGGGUCAGCCUUCCUCCUCCUCCCAGCAGGCAGGACCUGAUGGAGGUCCUCAGAAGGUGACCCACGAGCAGUUCAAGGCGGCGCUGCAGAUGGUGGUGGAUCCGGGCGACCCACGGAUUACGCUGGAGAACUUUGUGAAGAUUGGGGAGGGGUCCACAGGUGUGGUGUGCAUCGCCCGAGAGAGGCACAGCGGGCGACAGGUGGCCGUGAAGAUGAUGGACCUGAGGAAGCAGCAGCGCCGAGAGCUGCUCUUCAAUGAGGUGGUGAUCAUGAGGGACUACCGGCACCAGAACGUGGUGGAGAUGUACCGCAGCGCACUGGUGGAGGAGGAGCUGUGGGUCAUCAUGGAGUACCUGCAGGGUGGCGCUCUGACCCACAUCGUCAGUGAGACCAGGUUGAAUGAGGAGCAGAUAGCGACGGUGUGUGAAGGCGUCCUGAAGGCGCUGACCUACCUCCACUCCCAGGGGGUCAUCCACCGAGACAUCAAGAGCGACUCAAUCCUGCUCACGCUGGACGGGAGGAUAAAGCUGUCAGACUUUGGUUUCUGCGCUCAGAUCAGUAAAGACGUCCUGAAAAGGAAAUCUCUGGUUGGGACUCCGUACUGGAUGGCUCCUGAAGUGAUCUCCAAAAAGCCAUAUGGGACUGAGGUGGACAUCUGGUCUCUGGGCAUCAUGGUGGUGGAGAUGGUGGACGGAGAGCCGCCAUAUUUCAGCGACACGCCCAUCAUCGCCAUGAAGAAGCUGAGAGAUGAACCAGCGCCCAACGUCAAGAACAUCCGGAGGGUGUCUCCAGUGUUGAAGGACUUCCUAGGCUGCAUGUUGACUCGUGACACGUUGCAGCGCAGCAGCGCCGCCGACCUGCUGGAGCACCCGUUCCUGCUGCAGGCCGGGACGCCACGCUGCCUGGUGCCACUGGUGGAGCAGCACCGCAAACGCAUGUCGCUCUGCUGAACGCCCGAUGCUCGUCUGAUGCUCACCUGAGACUCACCUGAGUUUGUCUCUGAUGCUCACAUGAACACUCAGUCCAUUUUGGCUGCAGCGGCUCAGCUUGAGUCCUUUUCGUUGUUACAGAUGUUACACGUUAGCCCACUUCUGAUUGGUUGUUAUGAAGCUUGCAGCAGCUAAUCACAUAUCAGGGUUGGUAUGAGCCCCUCCCAUCUCAGCUUACUGUUAGAGCUCCUUCAGCCAAUCAGGUGAGUGAGCCCAGCCUGAAGGCAGGUCUGAGAGGUCACUUCAGGUCAUGAACUUUGACCUCCGGCUGCAGGACAGUUUGUUUAAUCUGAAGCAGCUGACGUUCACCUUUUACGUUGACAGCUUGUCCACAGUUUUCUGUGAGUGAACAGAAGUUUAAACUUGACCAACCUGUUUUUACUGGUACCUGAGCUGCUGUGUGCUGCUCCCUGUUCGACUUUCACCUCCUGUUCUGUAGUUUUUUAACAGUAAAAUGCAGGAAUUUAAUUUUUGAACAUUUCAGAUUCAUUCAUGCUUCGACAGAUCAUGAAAAUAAAAACAUCAAUAAGGAAAUUUCUAAGUUAGAGUUAAAGAAAAAUUCAAGCCUUAAAUGGAAGAAACCCAAACAUAAACGAAUGCAGGAUUCUGUUUUAAAUCAGUUUUAUUCUGAUUCUGACUUCAGAUCAGCUGCAGACACAUUUCAGGUCAGAACGUCUGUCAUAGCAACUUCACAGAAAUGUAUAAAUGUAAAAAAAAAUGUUAAAAAUUAAGGACAGAUUGUAUUUCUCUCAGCUGAGCAGAAGAUGCUUUAAAUUGAAGAAGCUCUGUAUCAGAGCUUUAUUUUAAAUCAAUACAUGUCAAUAUGUCUGCGCCAUGAAACCCAACAGAAAACAAACCAACAGUGUCAACAUAUAAAAUAAUCUAACAGCGAGUAAUUAAUUAAAUUCAGAUUAAUUCGAUUAUUUAUACAAUGAAUUAACUGACUAAUCAUUUGGUCUAUAAACAUCCAAAAACAGAUUUAUUUGAUGUCUUUUGCUUGAUCAUCAAGUAGAAUUCAUCUUAUCUUGAGACCAUGUUUGCAUGUUUCUCUUCAUAAAUGCGCAGACUGAGCAUUUUUUCUUGUGACG